AUGUCUCCCCCCGCAAUUAUCGCCCCCUCCAUCCUCAGCGCCGACUUCGCCUGCCUCGGCCAUGAAUGCUCGACCAAGAUGGACCAGGGUUCCGAUUGGCUGCAUGUCGACAUCAUGGACGGCCACUUCGUCCCUAACAUGACCUUUGGCGCGCCCGUUGUCACCAAGAUUCGCUCCCACGUCGCCCGUCCGACUGAACCCCACGGAAAGGGGACGUUUGAUUGCCACAUGAUGAUCAUGGAGGAAUUCAAAUCCGCCGGCUGCGAUCUGUACUGUUUCCACUAUGAGGCCGCCAUCGCCUCCGUCGCCGCCCAAGAUCCAACCGACACCUCCACCACCCGCCGCACCAGCCCGCGCGAGCUCAUCCGAUACAUCCACGAACAGGGCAUGCAAGCCGGCAUUGCAAUCAAGCCCGACACCCCCGUCGACGUAUUAUGGGAUAUCCUCGAGAGCAAGGAUGAGCAGGAACGCCCCGAUAUGGUCCUGGUCAUGACCGUGUACCCCGGCUUCGGCGGACAGAAAUUCAUGACCUCCGAACUGCCCAAGGUGCAGGCCCUGCGGGCGCGAUACCCCAACCUCAACAUCGAGGUCGACGGUGGACUGGGUCUGGGCACCAUCGACCAGGCAGCGGAGGCUGGUGCCAACGUCAUCGUCGCUGGGUCGGCGGUAUUUGGCGCCCAGGACCCGGCCGACGUCAUCGCGAAGCUGCGCGACACCGUCAACAAGCACCGCACAGAGUAA